UACAACGUUAGUUUACAAUGACCUCUAAAUCGUCAAGUAGAGGUGACUAUAUAUGUCGAGUACGAUACAGAAACCAGCUACCAUCGAUACCUUUUCCACCAAAACUACUUACUAGUCAACCUCUUGUUGCACGGAAUGCUCAAUAUACAACUAACAGCUUGAUUGAACAAACCCCCCAUCUUUUGAAUUUGGAUUCUUCUUCUGGUAUUCCUUUUGACAAGUUAUUAGUGGAUUAUUUGGAUAUGAUGGAAACGAACCCAGAUGUUGUAAGAAUGAAUGCCAAUGUUUCAGAUGUUGAUAAAUUAUUAAUGACACCACCACGAGAUGAAAAGGAACUUAAUAAACAAGGACGAAAACCCAAUGUGACCUGGUUACGACGCUCAGAAUACAUUGCGUCUACGGAACGAAAACAAAAACAAGCCAAUGUACCAGAAAUUCGCUCCAAGCUUAGUCAACAGGAUAUGGAAGCUCAUACUUAUCGAACACAUCAAAGUCAAAUGGAGGGAGUGGAUGCGACAUUUAUUCGACAUGAUUUAACUACACUGCGCCAUCCAAGGACGAAGAAACGAGCCAAGAAAUUAACACCUAUAUUACCGGAUAUGACUUGUUGGGAGAAUGUGUACACGAUUGGACAGUUUCCUUCGGAUCCUGCUGACAAUCAUCGACUGAAUAAACGUCAACGCCUGGAUGCAUCAUCAAAACAACCUAGUGAAUUGGAUGCUGCCGACCGUGGUAUCUUGCGCCCUAUUUCGAAUCCACAUGAUCCAAAUGACAGUUAUUUGAUUUGGUUCUUGCCUGAUGAAGACAGCUCCAACGUAUUGAAACAACAAAAGACUGACCCUCAACAAGUGCUAGACAAACCUCUCAACUUUGAAGCUGUUCGAGACUACACAUAUCGAAAUGACAAUGCACCUGGACAUCAAAAUCUAUUAUUGGUUUUACAACAUGAUGAACAGCAGCAACCUGUUAUGUUAUACAGUCUUGUGAAGAGCAAAUUGGUGGCUCAGAAGAAACGUGCUUUGGCUCCACAAUAUAGAUAUAUGAAUGACUAUGAAAAACCCAACGUACUUAGUGUGACAUACCAAUAGUCUUUAUUUUUUUUUUUUUUUUGGUAGAAAUACAAAGAUUCAUGAAUG